AUGGACAAGCUCAAGAAAGGCCUAGACAAGCUCAAAGUCGGUGUCAGUUCGGCGACUGCUGGUCGGGUGGAGCUCAAGUUGCGCAAUGAGACGGGCUUGCCGCUCGAAAUCGUUGCUUGGCCUGUGUACGUGUCUGCCAAAGCACUCAAUGUCGACGGGGAUGCACUACCGCCUGCCGAAUCCACAGAUGACGACGACACCAAGGACGAUGGCGUGUGCAAGCUACUCCCUUAUCAGGGCUAUGCGUUCGAUGGCACAGUGCCAAAGACCGGCACACGCUACGACGAGCAAGACAUAUCGCUAGGCUCGAUCAGACAGAACCACGCAGGCGUCAAGGCCGUCGUGGCAUCUCAUCCCCACUUCGGCUGGGUCUACUUUGACCUGAUCAAGGGAGAUAGUUCGCGAUUGCACUUGCAAGCCUAUCUCAAACUCGAUCGAAAUGGCAUCGUCGAAGCAUCUGUCGGCUACCUAGAUGUAGACAGUCAGGACGAAAAGCCGCAGCCUUCGGGAGAGCUAGCAAGAGGCACCUUCACAGACAAAGACGCGACGGAAGUACAGCUUGUCUUGACGCGCGAGAUUGCCGACAAGGUGAAUCAGGUCAACGAUGAGACACACGAGGCCAGCAAGAUUGAGCUGGGCAAAGGGCUCGAGGUUUCUACUUACGUGUCCCAUCUAGCAGGUCGAGUCACGAUUCUCGCGGGCAAGGAAGCUCGCUAUCAUGAAUACAACAAGCCUGCCCCACCUGCUCGUUCGGGCGAUAUCAGAUACAGCAAGCACGAGCUCGAAGGAACCACAUCAAAGUAUGUCGGUCUCUUCGUAGAGCAAGACCAGACGCCUUUCUUCGAAGGGCAUGCGAGGGUCAAUCCUGUUUCUGGCAAGGCACACGGCAAGCCGUUUGUGUCCACUCGCGUGUCUACUGCUCGCUUCUCUCCCGACGGAAAGCUCGCAAUGAACUAUGGCUUCAGUGACGCACUGCAGGGUCGCCCGGAUCAGCUCUACUGUUAUGUUACGAUCUCACAUGAAAAUUGGCUCGGAGACUUGAUCGCCGAAGAUGCGGCAUGGCUCGAGAAGCCGUUCUCGAAACUCGUGCUGGCGGGUGCACACGAUGCUGGCAUGUUCACAGAGCUCGAUCCCGGCUUGUCAGCCUUGAUACAAUCUGGGAAGCUCAACGAAGCGCUCGGCCAUCGUAAAGUGCAAGAGACGCUCACGCCUGUUGCACAUGCCCUGAUUCAUGUCCUUAAGGCGAUCAAGCUUGAUCCUGCACGCAUCAUCAACAAUAUUGCCCUCACGCAGAAGGACACAUUUGCGAACCAGCUCAAGCUUGGCGUUCGUUUCUUCGACUUUAGACCGGGAUAUGCGUUCACCGAUGUGGUAGAGAUGAAGCAAGGCGACCUUCGACAUAUUCAUGCGCUCGUACCUGGCUGCAGCUAUGCAGUCUUCCUCAACGACGUUAUCGAAUUCCUCGCCACUCAUCCGAAGGAGAUCGUCUUCUACGAGAUCAAGAACGACGGCAUCAUUCUGCAAAAGCCCAUCGAGCGCAAUGGAGAAGUCGUGGCGCUCAGCAUGGUCCCUACUGCCGAAGUGCUUGCCGAAUAUCUCAGGAAGGCGUUCGAAGCGUGCAACAAACCGGAAGCAAGCACGAUCAAGGUCGGCGGUCCUGAAGAUCUCGAUACGCCGAUUGGCGAAUUGCUGAAGGCAAACAAGCGACUCAUCAUCGCUGACCGCGUGCAUGACCCCGAAGGGUGGCAAAGAUCAGAUUCGUACGAUCAUCCUGCUUACAAUACAAUCGAUCCGGCAACGAUCAUUGUUAAGCUGAACGAGCUAUUAGCACAAGCAGACAAGGAUCCAUCGACAAAUGGACGAAAGAAGGGUGCAAUCUACCAGUGCCAGGCUACGCCCACGUCGAGCUUAUCAGAAGACGCUUUCGCUAGCUUGUCCUGGUCAGAUGCCAGCUCCUUGCUCAACUACAUGAAGCCCCAGAAUGAUAGGCAGAUCUACCCUUGGAUCCAGCAACAUGAACUCACAGACGAAGGCACUGUCAUUCUUCUCAACGACUACGUCGAUGGCGCGCUCGUCGAGAUGGCCAUCGAUAAGUCAAGACAGCGUGCCAAUCUGUACAAUUAA